AUACUGAGGCGGCGAGAAAUUGGACAUCCCACAUUUUGAACUCAAUUUCUCGCAGCCAAAAAAAGAUCGGGAUGCCUGAAAAACAGAACCCUCAAUUUCGAACCCAAACCCUACCCAUUAUUUCUCUUUCUCUCCCCAUUCGACCAUUCCCACUCCCUCUCUUCUCUGCACAGAACCUUCGAACCCGACCUUCAAACCCACCCAAAAACCUUCCUUCAUCCUUCCAUUUGAAGCUCCUCCGGUUGACGGCAAUCGAAGGAGAAGCGCAUAGGUACGGCGAGCGACCAAUGGACGGACCAUCAGACCAGUACUUCGAAUUUUUCAAUGUGCUUGUCGAGGAAUUGGAAGGCGUCGGUCCAACUGUUAUAUUAAGGAAGGCAGUGCAGUGGCGUUUGCAUUGGAACUCCAUCAACCUACUUUGGGCCACAACAACAUUAGGCAAAAGCACCGAUUGACAACUUGUUGAAGCGCGCUGCUGAAUUAAAGAUAGAAGACAACGUGGAGAUAUCACUUGCAUUAACUAUCGGAAGGGAAAAGGGAAAGCAUACGGAGAACGAUGGGAAGGGAAAGCAUAUGGAGUAGCAUUUGAACUUAUGUCUAUGUACUCCUUAUGUUUGUGUUUGUCAAUGAGUCGCAUUCGAUCUUAUGGUUAUGUAGUACAGAGUAACAUUCAAACUUCUGUUUAUGUAGUAUUUAUGUUUGGGAAGAACUCAUUAUUUGUCAAGUUUUUACUUUGGUUUACUAUCCAGGAAGCUUUAAAAAUGAA